ACAGCGGACGUCUCUGAUUGGAUCGCCACACCUGAAACGUUGAGCAAUAGAAAGUGCGGGUAUAAAGCAGUGUUGCCUUUAAUACACACUCGUCUAUCGGCGAGAUCCGGAGGAACGUGACGGAGGCUGCAUUUGUCGCACAUCCCAUCCUCUGCCUGUAGGGUAAGUUUGGCAGACAACUGUCCUGGAAACCUCGGGAAAGGGUGCUAAUGGACUGGGAAUUGGAGUGACCGCCACUCUUCCUGAUGGUGUGCCUGUUGAAUUGUAUGGCCGUGACUCUGGACCCACAGACUGGUACUAUGUGGAUUCAUCAUUAUAUCACAACGGAAGGGAAAUUCAAUCCGGUCUUGCUGACCUUAGUUCUCUCGAAGUUAACCAAAAAAGUUGGUGUUCUACUCUCUGCUGAUGGAUAUCUUCACAUCUACCUCGAUGGAGGACACAUCAGGAAGGCAGCGUCUUGUCUGCCAGUAAACCAACAACUAGUUGAUGUGUACGGAAGAUGUACUAAGAUCAAAUCUGAGCUCCUGCGUGGUCCAGAAACACAUGAAGAUCCGCAGGAAAAAAUGAAACAAAGCCUUGCAGCUUCACCAAUAUCAAUUUCAGGUUCAGUGCCUACAAUGCCACAAUUGAUCAAGAUUAAAUUGCCCUCACAAGUUGGGCCCAAAGUGACUGCAUUUGGUACCAUUCUUCUCAAAGAUGACCUCGGGAACAAGGUGGCCAACAUCAGAAAGAGGGUACGUGAAGACCCGGAGGAAAUGGCAAUAGAGGUUCUGAGGGAGUGGCUGGCAGGGAAGGGGGUGGAGGUGUCGUGGGAGAGCCUCAUAGCAACUCUGAGGGACUGCGAUCUCUCACUUAUGGCCGACCAGCUAACAACGGCAUUGGUCCAACUAUCGUAAUUACAAGCACUAUCAUUCGCAUGCAAACCUAUAAUUAUUGCACGAAACACGAAACACUAGUUAACAAUUUCAGUGUGAUUUUCUUUCACAUAGUGAGCAGAAUGUUA